AUGACGCAGAAAGCAUAUAAAAUCGGUAUCAUACCAGGGGACGGCAUCGGCCCCGAAGUCAUCAAAUCCACCCUCGCCCUGCUAGAUGCGCUCUGUCCCAGUCACGGCAUCACACUAGACUAUGUCGUCUACGAAUUAGGCGCCGAGGUCUACAGACGGACAGGCCACCGGAUUAUGUCGCAGGAGAUGGACGAGAUCGGCGAGCUGGACGCCGUGCUCCUCGGCGCCAUGGGCUUGCCCGACGUGCGCAUGCCCGACGGCACCGAGUGCGGGCCGCAGGUCGACCUACGCGGCUACCUCGGCCUGUUUGCCAGCCUCCGGCCAGCGAGGCUGUACCGCGGCAUACCGACGCGCAUGCAGUUCGGCAGGGAUCAGAAACUCGACAUUUUGGUCAUCCGCGAGACGACAGAGGGCAUGUUUGCCGGUCUGAACGAUUCGUUUUCCCCGAAUGACUCCGAGCUGACCGACCGCAUGACCGUCACGCGCAAGACGUGCCUGAAGCUCUUCAGAACAGCAUUCAAUCAGGCCCGGCACCGGCGUCAGCAGCUCGGCACCCCGGGAAGGGUCACCCUGCUGCACAAGUCAAACGCCCUGCGCAGCAACACCUUGCUGGUGAAGGUGUUCAAGGAGAUUGCCACCGAGUUCCCCGACAUCGAGUGGUCCGAGUACUAUAUCGACGCGGGCGCAAUGUACUUUGUCACGGACCCAGAGCGGUAUGAUGUCGUCGUCACCGAGAAUAUCUUCGGCGAUAUCGUCUCGGAGGUGGCUGCCGGCCUUGUCGGGGGACUCGGGGUUGCGCCAUCAGGCGAUAUCAGCGAGCGCCACGGCAUUUUUCAGCCUUCACACGGAAGUGCUCCCGAUAUUGCUGGUAAGAACGUCGCUAACCCGGUGGCCAUGUGGCUAUCGGCUGUGAUGAUGCUUGACUGGCUCGGGGAGACACGCGGCGAUGACAAAUGUUUGGAGGCCUCGAAGCAUCUACAACAAGUCAUCGAGAAGCAGCUGGCAGAUGGUCCAAAGACUCGGGACAUUGGCGGAAACGCAACUACAACUGAAGUAACGCAAUGUCUACUUUCUUGGCUGUGA